AUGGCAGAAUGGGUGGGGCCUUUAAAAAGAGUAGAUGUUUUGGAAGACGACGUGUGUGCACCACCAACUAUUGAUGUUGUGAGAAGGGCUUGUAUUGCUCAUUUCAACAUGAAGGGGUUUGAUUGUGAUAUACUAGAAACUGAGGGAGGACCAUCUAUCGAAAAUCUAAACGAAGCAAAGAAUUUUAAUGGCACAUUUUUUGUGACUGUAUAUUGUUUGUGGAUGAAUUGUACAAAAAAUGUGCCAAUAAAAUUCUUCACUUCGUUUAGAUUUUCGAUAGAUGGUCCUCGCUCAGUUUCUGGUAUAUCACAAUAUAGAACAAACCCCUUCAUGUUGAAACCAGCAAUACAAAUCCCUCUCACAACAUCAAUAGUUGGUGGUGCAAACAUGUCUUCUUCCACAACAUCUACUUUUUUAAAGGCCCCAUUCUGGCAUACUUUUGGAAACAUCCUUUAACUUGAGCUGAUAAUCGCUUAAUUGUUAAUUUUUCAGGUACGAGCCGGUCUUUAUCCUUUCCAGGUUUGUUUCGUUCUGUUUUUCUUGUCCUCUUUGUUGUCAUAAUCUUCUGGUACUUCUUGAACUUAACUGCCCACUCGCAGCUUGGUCAACUUCUGGCUAGUAUUUGUUAAGUAUCGCCAUGGAAUUUGAAUUUUCAAUGUGGGAGACCAUGAAAAUAUUUCGUUAUGAAAUACAAAUUAAGAUAUUUGUCUAGAAACUUAUCAAAAUGAAUAUACUGAAUUGAUCAUUUCAAUGCCUCGAUAGUCUAGUUGUUAUGACAAGUGAGAACUGUACAUGUUUGAGCAGGCGUUAACCAAAAUACAUGACACCAUCUCCGCUGAAACCUUUCUUACAAGCACAGGUGUAGAAACCGAGUGUAUUAUUACAGUACGCGUUCACAUUGCAAUUAUCAGCUCCGUUAGUACAUUCGUCAAUAUCUAAAUUUAAUAUACAAUAAUUCAAGGCAUGAAAUUUUAUGUUGAGACGAUUUCCUAACCCACAAAGAAAUCUUAGACUUGUUUCAGCGCGACACAUUGUUUUGAGCGAAACUUACACGGAGUUGAUAAGCCUGAAUCAACCUGCACUGUUACCACGUACGGCAACUCUUAUUUUAUAGAUAAGUAUUAAUUCCAUUAAUUUCCCUGUUAUAUGAAAGUGGAAAUCUUGACCUCAACGGACAAUAAUGUCAGGUUUCUUGGCAACAUGCAUAUAAUUGAGCACGCACUUCAUUUUCUAACGCUUGUAGGAUAUUUUGUAUAUAAGUUGCAUAUCUCCUGUUGUUUAUGAAUGAGGAAUUCAAAAUGAAAAUUCAUAUUUCUAUACCUGCGCAAUGUGUACCAUUUCCAGUGUAGCCUUCCUUGCAAGCACAGGUAUAGGAACCAGAUGUAUUGGUACAGGAUGCAUUCACAUGGCAAUUAUCACUUCCAAAUCUACAGUCGCCAAUAUCUAAAUGAAAUAUUAAUUCGAUAAUAUAUUAGUAGAAUAAAUCUAAAAAAUCGGUACGUUACCAGCUACAGUCAAUUUUUAAAAUACCUUUCUGAAAAUGGAAUAAGUUUGGCAAUCACAUGAUCGAUCACACAAUGAUCGAUCACACAAUGAUCGAUCAUAUAUACAUAUGUGCUUGUCCUAUGAUAGUAUUGAUCGCAAUGUAUAGUAAUAAAUGCUGUUAUUCAACAGGUGUUAUAGAUAUUCGAGCAUGACUACCGAUAAAGGGUAGAGGUAAAACGCGGAAACGGAACCGAACCAACCGGCGGAACCAGAAUGGCGGAACCGGAAAAGCGGAAACGGAAAAAAGGGUAAAAGGCGGAAAACAUACUUUGAAACCAAACUUUGAUUUUGUUAACAAAAUCAAAUUUAAUUUAAUUACAUAUACCAUAAUAAAACGAAGUAAAUGUACCUCAUUACUAGAAACCUCUUCCAGGACCUAAGAAGAACAAAGUAACUAAAAAAAUUAUUUCUCGUGAUAUGAGUGAUAGUGCCUGGCGUGAGUUUGGUCGAUGGAUAACCCAGAAAGACUGGAAUCCAGUCCUUAAUACUUCCUCCUGUGAAGAUAAGUUCCAACUAUUCAUCACAAAGUUAAAGCAAGGUGUCGAUUGCUAUCUUCCACAAAGGACAGUAAAAGUUCACCAAACAGAUCGCCCAAGGAUGACAAAUAAACUCAAUAUUUCAAUAUCUAGUUUAUAUAUACUUGUAUGUAUUAUUUAUAGUAGUCUACUAGUUUGAGACUCACAGUACUGUAUACUGACUACAGAGAGAUUUUUUACCAAAUUAUACACAAAUAAUCGUAAUUAAAUAUUCCUCAAUCAGUUAAUCCCUAACAACAUCAAUAUUCAUCCAAUUAUUCAUUUUCCUGUUGUUUACAAUUUUGUAUAUACUUUUCUUUGGUUAAUAGCGAGUGCACCCAGACAAGUUGUAUGAGUUUAAUGAGCUAACUACCACUCGAGCAUUGAAGAGAUCUGUUGAUGCCAAUGCAGACCAACCUCAUGGUUACAAUAAACAACCAAAGCAACUUAAGCAAGCCACUCUUUCCUGGUCGAAAGGUAGUGUGAAACGUCCUCUGCUUUCCAAGGAAAACCUUGGUAGACUUACAUUAAAUAUGGUUACCGAAUCCUUGCUUCCCAUGUCAUUUGUCGAACAACCAUCAUUCAAAGAAUUGAUAUAUGCUUGUCAACCUGGAGUUGAAUUAUCAACCAGAUAUUCCAUCACCAAGGGCUUAGAAAAGAGGCAAGAGACUUCAAUGGCUGCUGUCAAGGAUGCAUUGGCAAAGGUUGAGUGGAUGCCACCACAACUGAUUGUUGGUCUGCACACCGCCGAUCCUAUAUGGGUGUAA